AUUUUGGCUAGAAAAUCGGCAAAAAGUCAAAGUAAACGCUGAAAAUUAACGUUAACCUUUUUUAAUAAAACAAUAAGGAAGUCAUGUGGAACUCGUCCUUUCUGCCCCUCACAUAAUCACGUAGAAUGGCACCCAAAAUCCUCUAGAUAACGCUGUGCGGGAACACUUAGUGAAAGCGUUGUGAAAACACACAAAAAAACAAGAGAAAAAAAGGCGAACGAGAUAAGAAACAAAAUACAAAGACUCCAAGUUGUCGUCAGCAGAAGCAGCAGCAGCAGCUACUGGGAGAAUGGUUUAGUCUAAAGGCCUAGACGCAAGUUGAACUUGGCAAAAGAUUAAGCACCGAAUAAUCACCGCGCAGAUCCGGAGUCAGCGCCAGAUCAGGAUCCAGUGCACUACCAUGUCCUCGGCCGUCAACAUACAGAUCGUGUCGAUGCCUAAUCUGGCGAAAAUCGAGAACUUCCUAAAGGAUGUCAGCUACCGGGAGACGAUCGAGUACAGUGCCAAUUUCAACACACGCCUGUGCAUCGAACGGCGACUGCGGCUGCCCUUCCUUGAUCCGCAAACGGGCGUAGCCCAGAACCACUCACAAUUGUUCAUGGACAAGCGGCAGCGGAUGCCAGGCUUUCGGCAGGGACAAAUCUACACGUAUCCGGCGGCCAGGUGGCGAAAGAGUCGCCGCCAAUACUUGACCAAGAUGUACAGUCGGUUUCCCGAGCGACCCUUCCAGGCGCUGCGCAAGGAGCACGAAGCGCUAGUAGCCAGCGGCGUUAAUCUCGGCAUCGGCCUGAGCAGCCUGGGCGGCGGCAGCAGCUCCUCCUCCCUCAGUCUCAACAUGCUGACAGGGGCCGGUACAACAACGCCCUCUGUCCUGGCUGCAUUGCACAGCGAUACCACGCACGACUUCAAUGGAGCCUUCAGCCUGGAGGAGUCCAGCUCCCUGGGUGCGGCCGGUGGCGACACCUCCGACAGCAAGGAUAGCCAGCAGCAGCACCACCACCAACAGCAGCACCAUCAGCAGCAGUUAACGCAGUGCAAGGAUGAUCUGCCCAAGGAAUGGUUCUACGAUGACAUGGACAUGAACGAUGUCGACUCGCUGGAAGAGCCAAAGUCGCCGGCAGACGACGAAUACGACUACGAUCCGCGCUAUGGCAACAAGAAGAGGCGCAAGCGUCGUCCCGGCAAGCGGGGUACAUUCAAUGCGGCUAUCGGUGACGGUGGGGGUGGCGGCGGCGGUGGCUCCAGCGGCGGCUCUAGCGCCCGACGACGCAGUGCCGUGAUGCGUACCCGCAUUACCACCACAGAUGCCGCCCUGGAUGCUUCCCUAGAGGCCAUUGAGUUAGGCGACAGUGUCCCUGGAAGCAAUGGCGGCGGUUGCGGUGGCAGCGGCGGAGGCACGCCCACUUCCAGCAGCGGCAUCGGCAAUAACGGCGGUGGAAAUGGGGGCAGUGGCGCCGGUGGCCGACGCUCACGGGGAGUGGGCACUCGCGGCCGGCGACGGACCAAAGGAGUCGGUGGAUCCUCCUUGGGCGGCUCGGGCUCUGGCCUGCCCCACAGUUCAUGUGAUCCGCACAUCCCGGGCAUGAUCAUUGAGCCGCCUUCCUUUGAGAGUGCCGCUGCGGCAGUGGGCGUCGGCGGCGUCGUCGAGGACGGGAAUGCCCAUUUGCGCAACUAUCGGAAAUAUCUGUAACAAAUGAACGAAUGAUGAUCAAUAAGAGUUCUCCCAUGCUUAGUUCCCCAUCCUCACUCCUACCCCCAAUCCGCAUUCUUCCUCCCAGCUCUUCAACCAAACUAUUUUUGUAUUUGUAACACGUUGAUGUAACUGUUUUCUGCAUUGUUUUCUAUAUCGAUAUAUCGCAUAAUCUACAUAUUUUUUUCGCACCUAAUUUAAAUCUAGUUUAAGCUUAGUUUAGUUCCUUAUGGGAUCGGAUGAGAUGAGUUUCUCUUAACAAGAAACACGUACCCAAACCCAAACUCAAAUCAAAUGCAAAUGGACCAGGACCAGAGACAGAGACAGGCCGUAGCAAAUACAAUUCCAAUAUGUCGUCGUCUCUUAUGACUUUACUUCCCCAUAGCCAAUUGACUGUUUGUUUUCCUACAUACAUAUACAUAUAUAGUACAUAUAUGCCAUAUAUACUACAUAUGUCUGUCCUGUCUCACUUUACAUUAUGCAUCUCAAACAUAUAUAUAUAUAUAUAUAUAUAUGUAUAUAUAUACGGAAUGUACCACACCCUCUUAUGUACUACUAGUCUCUCUCCCGCGGACUACAUACUAUCCUCCACUCAGUCGCAAUCUCGGUUUCUGUCCUUUUUGAGCCUUCUGAGUCCUUCUUUUCGGGGGCUCAACUUUUAAUCGAAAUCGAAACCUUAGUUGAAAGGGAGUCAAAAUGAAAAUUGAUAUGAUAUGUAAUGUAUUUUAGGCAAGUGGUAGGGUAGGGUAUAGUUUAACGACAACUCGAUUUCGUAAACCAAAAUUUUUCUCUAGGAUUAUAACACUUAAGAGCUAAAAAGAAGAAAUGAAAACCAAUUAAAACGAAAGUGAAAAUAAAAUGCAGAAAAAUCGACGAAACGAAAUCAAAUUGCGCAAAUUUUGAUAAUCGAAGGCAUAUUAUAAGAACAAAACAAUUCUAAUAAAAGUGAGGCAUAAAAAUCGAA